GUUUUAUUUAAUUGCAAGCAGAAACUGUCUUACUGAGUAAGAUGGAAAUUGAGGACACCAAUGCUUACGAUAAGAUAGUGGAUGGAUGGGAAAGAACAGAGACAGACAACGGAGUUCCCUAUUACAUAUGCCACAAGACGGAGCGUACAUCAUGGAACCAUCCAUUCUAUCAGAAGAUGAUAGAGGAAUUAGAUGAAUACAGAGAUAUCAGAUAUGCAGCAUACAGAACUGCCUUCAAGAUACGCCACAUACAAAAACAAUUGAAAUUGCACCAUGUAAAACUUGAAGCUAUGAAGGAAAUGUUUGAUUGUCAUGGUUACCGUGAGAGUUGUGACAUGGUGAUUGGCUGUGAGGAGUUACAGGAACUAUUGACCAGUGUAUAUCAGACCGCUGACCAGGCGGCCAACAUCACCAUACAACAGGCUGAAGUGUACGCCCAGCUGCUUCAGAACCUCAUCCUUAAUCUUUUUGACAUGGACAGAACAGGUUGUAUAAGGGUUUGUUCAGUGAAGCAGGUCCUCAUUGUGUUAACAACAGCUCGCCUGGCAGACAAAUAUCGAGCCCUGUACCAGGAGUUGGCUGAUCCUAGUACUUACAUCAGCUGUAGUAAUCUGACCACUUUUCUGCAGGAUCUUAGUCAGUUACCAGACCUAUUGCAAGAAGGAGCAAUUUUUAGUGGGGAUGUCACAGGAACAGUCAAUAGUUGUAUCAAUAUGGCAGACAGUAGUGUGGGGAUCUCCGAAGAUCAGUUCUAUUCCUGGCUGUUGAAAGAACCCCAGAUCCUUGUGUGGCUUCCUACCUUUCAUAGGCUGGCAGCAUCUGAGACAGUUAAACAUGAGUCAAAGUGUAACAUCUGUAAAUCCUACCCAAUUGUAGGAUUCAGGUAUCGCUGUCUUCAGUGUUUUAACUUUGACAUGUGUCAGCAAUGUUUUUACAUGGGAUGCACCAAGAAGAAACACAAGCUAAAACAUCCAAUACAGGAGUAUUGUUUGUCUACAACAGCAAAAGUGGACACCAAAGCUUUUCUGAAGACUUUACGCAACAAUAUAAGUAAGAAACACAGACAGAAGUCAAAGAGAAAGUAUCUUCCUGUUGUUGCAGAGAGUCAUUUGUUCUCUCACACAACUGGGAUGAGAAUAGAGCCACCAGCCCCAGAUAUUCAUAACACACUGACUCAGAAAUCUCAGCAGUUGGCAGAGACUGAAUCUCAUCAAAGAGGGCAUACUAACCAAGAGGCACUCAAUCAACAAGAGCAUUUACAGAAAAUCAUUGAACAAUUACAGGAGGAAAAUAGGAGACUUCAAGAAAAGAUAAUGACAAUGAAGGAAUCCUCUGAUACAGAGAGUAAUGUGAGUGGUGGAUCCAGACCUAUGACUGGUGUGUCACCAGGAGCUACUCCUCACCAUUACAAGUCGUCAUCCAAGGUGGGAAAUUCUAAUCAGCCUCUGAGCCCAAUAGUCCAUAUACAGAGCCCUGACCCAGACACCCCCUACAACAGGGGUCCUCAGUAUGAUAGCCUGGACUUCCUUGAGGUCAGUCCCUCCCACUUCACCCUCCCCUCUCUCACCAACAGCAGGGAGUGUCUGGAUGAGGAGGAAGCUAUGGAUGAUCUUGUCAACAAAAUGCAGCUUGUAUUCCCAAGCAAUAUGUCAUAUUCAGUGUACUCUCUAUCAAAGUGUGGUGUGGAACAAGAUGAAAUGCUUCAGGCAGCUUCCACCAUCGGCAAUGCUAUGACUGAAUUUGUGAGUGAAGCUAUCAUGCCCCACAGCAAGUAACUGAGGAGUUGGUUUUGUACUCAAGCACACAAAUACAUGUACUAUUGAAAUCCAGAAAAAUCCAAGCGGUCAUUGGAAAGGUUCAUGUGCACAAGGCAGCCUAUAAAAAGUGCCAAAAUGAUAAUCUGUUGCCAGAAAUCCUGCCAUAUUUGUUGUAGAAUAGAUGAUAUAUGUGAUUUAGCACUUAUUCGUACAUGGGGGUGAUAUACAUGUAUUUUAUCAGUUGUUUUUAUGAAAUUUCUCAUUUGUAUGUGCAAUAAAUGCUUGUAUGGGGGCCAACUCCUCAUUUUGAAUUUUUAA